AGUUGAAGCACUUGCUGCGCACAGUCGCGUUUGUUAGUUGUUUCGAUUAGGACGUGUUCCCUCGAGCGCACGUAAAGACUGGCAUUUUUUAAGCUAAUGUUGCCGUGCCGUUUGAAUGUCGGACUGUGCUUGCAUUUUGUUACAGUGAUGCGCAAUAACAACAGCAACAUGCAGUUUUCAACACAUCGACGUAGUUUAUACUGGCUUCUGGGAUUAUGUCUAUUGUUAUUCGAAACAGGAUCAACAGAUGCGCAAAGCAAACGAGCUCCACGCGUCACCAACUCUCGCAGUUUUGGCACCAAUGUGAAGUCAGCCAGCUCCAAUGGCGUCAACUUUGACUGUCCCGAAGAGUUCGGAUACUAUCCCCAUCCCUCGGACUGCACACAGUAUUAUGUGUGCGUAUUUGGUGGUGCGUUACUUGAGAGCUGCACUGGGGGACUGAUGUACUCGCACGAACUGCAGACUUGUGAUUGGCCCAGAAAUGUAGGCUGCGAAGUGGUGGACAGUGGCACGUCAGCAACCUCUACCGAAGUAGGUGGUGCCUCACGUAACAAGCCACAGCAGCAUGUUCCCAGUCGCAUUCGCUUUGGGUCCGCCUUCACCAGUCCCACGGCCACACAAAAAACAGUCACAGUUCCACCGCAAUACCAUCGUUCACCUCCCCAGACUAUCCAGGCUCAGGUUCAGCAUCUGCCACCACCUCCAGAGCUCACUGUUGCUCCCAACCCAGUGGUCACGUCCCGAGGACAGCCCAAGUCGCUUCUUGAAUCGCAGGAGGAAAUUGCCAAGUACACGAAGCUCUAUGCCGAGGCGCAUGAAACUCUGCCCGAAGAGGAGGACAGCGAGCGUCAGCAACGUGUUUAUCGUGGCCAACCGAGUACUGUUAGCCAAGUGCAGCGUGACCGCGAUGGCAUUCUACACCAAGCCAGCAUAAAUGCAAUACCAAAUCACGGAAAGAUCGGAUCCUACACGUUCGGGACGGCUUACAGCGAAAGCUUAAACGACGACGUGACAAUUGAACACGAACUGUCACAUAACCGACUCGAUGUAGACAGAGGACGCAGACGACGCGAUGUUAGUGGCUUAAUGUCAACUACGCCAGCGGAAGUGGCUGGCCCUACUGAAAUGCCUAACGAUUCGAAUACCUCUAGCGAAGUCAUGGAGCCAGACAGUGCCAGCAGUGAGCAACUGGGCAGUGGCGAACAGACAAACAGCUCUAAUAGCUCCAAUAGUUCCAAUAACUCGAAUACCUCUCAAGAACAGUUCGACGAUGCAGCGCCUGCUGUCGUCCAGCUGCAAAAAUACUCAUCAAAAAUUAGUCAAACCGAAUUAGACUUUUUGCUGGCAGACUCAGACAACAGCGAACCAAUCGAAGAUAGCGAUGAUACUGCAACAGCCGAGUCCAAGCGGCGUGCACGUCAGCUGCGCCCUUUUCCACAAGCACCUGCUAAAUGGCCAACGCAUAACUAUCGUUCUAUAGACAGUCCACUUCACCAGCCUUACAAUGGGGCUGGGAAGAACGGGUACAGUUUUGGCAGUUACAAUCCCUAUCUAACUCCUCCCAGCCAGCACACUCCCGCCAGCCAGAAUUACAAUCAACUUAACACUGGAUAUAAGGCUUACCACCAGCACUCUCAGCAUUCUCAGCAGCCUCAGCAACAUCUGCAGCCUCAACACCCGCAACAACCAGAACGUGUUCCUACAUAUGGGAAAAAAUCCACAGUGGUUUACACCGGCUAUAAUUUGUCUUUACCGCCGCCUCCAUUGGAAGACGACUUUCGACCGAUUGCAGGUAGUUACUAUGGUGCGGCCGGAUCAACAAGCUCAAGGCCACCAGGAGGUUAUCCGGAACAAACGAGCCAAGGCGACCUACUUCCCUAUCUUAUAGAGCAACUGAAACAGCUUAAGGAGCGCAGGAAACAGAUCCAAGCUGAAAACUUUGCCUACUUUCAUUUGGACAAUCAACCGAUAAGUCUCACCGCGCAUUCGACAACCCAACGGCCAUCAUUCGAGUACUAUUCUACGACAAGGCCGAGUCAACAAGUUACGCCCAGCAACCAUUACGCUCAAUACAGCACCAUGGGUGGCUUUUAUAAUAAUAAACCGGAAUUUACGCCGAGUAUAUCAAACUAUUCUGGCAAACUGGUAUCUCAGUUCAGCAUUGCUCAAAGUCCAGACACCCAAAGCACGACAGAGAGCAAUUACUUCCAAUAUAAUAUUGUCGCAAAUCAGAAAAUGAAGGGCGUUUACAAUAAUGCCAAGCCUAAUCAAAUAGAGCACGCCGCUAUCAAAGUUCGUCCACCAGUCACACCAGUGCACGUGACGCCAAACUUCAAUAUUGUUUCGGCUCCCAAUUUGGCUAACAAAAACCCGAACGAUCUGCAGGAAGUACCAUUCCGAGGUUUGUCGCGUUUGCCAGUGGGCAUCAGCUACGCUUCGAAUUCUACCCUGCCAGAAUCGUAUCAGACUUUUACCAAAUCGGUCAGCUCUACGGUGCCCCCCAAACCGGAGCCACCUAAGCCUUCAACAACUACCAAGCCACAGAAGACCAAUUUUCAAUUCAAUAUAAAUGAAUUCAUGGCAAACCUGAAAGCCAGUGAUCUAGCAAGUUUUAAUCCGGCUGUCAACCCACUAAUAAAAUAUUUUAAGCAGGUAAGCAAUGAUGGAAGUGGAAAUGUUCGGAAUGCCUUGGUUCUUCGCCGACCUGUCAUUAGCUCAACGCCAUCCAGUCCAGUAACGUCCAGACCUCCCUUGAAAUCAAGCCCUACCAUACCUACGAGGCUGCCAAUUAGCACAACCACCCAAGCUUCGACCACGCCUAUUCUAAGGGGCUACGAAUCUUUCGUGAAGAGUAUUCAAACCCAGAUAAGCAAACAAGUGUCUAAUUCAAAUCAGUCAACGACCACCAGUCCAACGCGUCCUAGGAUAACUUCGGGCAGAGUUUCCACUACCACUGAAAAAACAGUCGAAUACUAUGACGAGGACUACGAUGACGGAGUUGAUGAAGACAUGCUCCCACCAUCUCGCAUGCCCCCCUACAUGCCCAUGUCGGAGACAAUGGCACCACCACGUCCACAAGUCACAACGGAGGGUUCACUUUCGACGACAGCCAGUAAAAUACGAAACAAUCCACAAACCGGAUUUAUGGAAGCCACAACAACGCGUCGACCCUUUCCUAAUUUCACGCAACUUAAUCAGCCCAAUGCAGGCAACGGAGUUCCAGCGUUCAUCAGUUUCCCAAGUGACAUAUUUCAGGAAUUGAAGCAGCGGCUGCCACAGUUGCAGGCAACAGCUGCGCCCAGCACUCAUACCACUGCCCGAGUUCGCACAACUACAACUGCCAGCACUACGACGCCUAUACCUCAGGCCAAAAUCCGGUACACUGUACGACCACAACGCACGCGUGGACAACAGAAAUGGCAGUCCCAAGUUCAGAGUAAUCCGGACGGAUUAGAGCGCACGCAAAAUGAGCCCAGCCGAGGGGCCGCCUACACCAAGCCAACCAGCACUAGCAAUAAUGGCUUAGGUGGCCAGAACUUGAACUCGGUACAUGCCACUUCAAACACGGAAAGACAAAGGGAUAUUGAGUAUCAACAGCAGCAGGAGCAGCACCAACAUCAGCAAAAGCCCCAGCAGUAUCAGCCUCCAGUGCGCCAGCAGCAGCARUCAACUUAUAGGCCCUUGGAGAUAUUGACUACGCCGACACCGCCACAAAGGCAGAGCUACAACAGUCAGCCAACAUUGAGCUAUAACACGGACUAUGAAGAGGACCUUAAUGCACAGAUCGAGCAGGAUAAUGUAUAUGACCAACCUACGCCUCCUCCACAACGGGCCGAAGAGGUGACCAUACAAACUCUGGAGGCAAGGGCCACUGUCUCGACAACCAAAACACCGGCCCAAAGACCUGAUGUGCGCAACUACUAUGACACGUUUACCACGCCCCACAUGAGCUAUGAAGAGCCUGAUUACUCUUCAGAGUACGUCCAAAAUUUACCCGCGGACUAUUAUCAGAGCGAGCGAGUUUCACCAUCGAAGACUAAACCGAGCACUCAAGCUCCCAAAUCAAUUCAAUCAGACGAUUAUUAUCUGAUUCCCAACGACGUCGGCCAGUCCACUUCGGCUUUUAAAACAGAACAGAUAAAGAAGUACACGACAGUGACACCCACACGCCUUCCGAUAUUAAAGUCAUCCACAGUCAUAAGCAGGAAUACAAACAAGAUUACCACAACUACCACACAACCAGUCACAAAGCCCCCUGCAACUACAACAAGAACAACAACAACAACACCAGCAACAACUACAACUACAACUGCAUUGCAACCUUCAAGAAACAACAAUAGAAACCGCGGCAGUGCUAUAUACACAAAUCAGGAUCGUGAUGUUGCCACUCCAAACAGGGGAACACAUCCACCGCGCACACGUCCCACCCUUAAGCCAGCAGGAACAAUUGUAUCGAAGGCUCAAGAAUUUGUGGACAUUUAUAAAUAUCCGCCAAGCCGACCGGAUCCCAUUUACCCACAGCCGACGCCCGAUAAGACGGCAGCCAAGUGCCGCAAGGAUGUCUGUCUACUGCCCGAUUGCUACUGCGGUGGCAAGGAUAUACCCGGCGAACUGCCCGCUGAAAGCAUUCCCCAAAUCGUACUCUUGACCUUUGAUGAUUCGGUAAAUGAUUUGAAUAAGCAAUUGUAUAUGGAUCUUUUUGAGAAGGGACGCGUCAACCCCAAUGGCUGCCCAAUAACAGCCACUUUCUACGUCUCUCACGAAUGGACUGAUUACAGUCAAGUGCAGAAUCUUUACGCCGAUGGACACGAAAUGGCAUCGCACACAGUUUCUCACAGCUUUGGCGAGCAGUUCUCACAAAAGAAAUGGACCCGGGAGAUAGCUGGCCAGCGGGAGAUACUCGCCGCUUAUGGCGGGGUGAAGCUGUCGGAUGUGCGCGGCAUGCGAGCCCCUUUCCUCUCAGUUGGCGGCAAUAAGAUGUAUAAGAUGCUGUACGAUUCGAAUUUCACCUACGACUCGUCGAUGCCGGUCUAUGAGAACCGACCGCCCUCGUGGCCGUACACCCUGGACUACAAGAUCUUCCACGAUUGUAUGAUUCCGCCGUGUCCGACGCGCAGCUAUCCAGGUGUUUGGCAAGUGCCCAUGGUCAUGUGGCAGGACUUGAAUGGCGGACGUUGUUCUAUGGGCGAUGCCUGCUCGAAUCCGAGUGAUGCGGAGGGAGUCACCAAAAUGAUAAUGAAGAACUUUGAGCGUCAUUACACCACCAAUAGAGCACCGUUUGGACUGUUCUAUCAUGCCGCUUGGUUCACCCAGCCGCACCACAAGGAAGGCUUCAUUAAGUUCCUUGAUGCCAUAAAUGCCAUGCCGGAUGUUUGGAUCAUUACCAAUUGGCAAGCGCUUCAAUGGGUGCGCGAUCCGACGCCAACAUCUCGAAUCAAUUCCUUCCAGCCAUUCCAGUGCGACUACUCGGACCGACCCAAGCGUUGCAACAAUCCGAAGGUUUGCAAUCUAUGGCACAAAUCAGGCGUUCGCUACAUGAAGACUUGUCAGCCUUGCCCCGACAUCUAUCCAUGGACUGGAAAGUCUGGUAUACGCUCAUCGCGCAUCGACAAUGAAGUCGAGGAGCCUUCGGCGUAAGGCCGAGGGAUUCUCAUGAGUUCAAUGUAUCGAAAUAAUAUCAUAGUAAAAGCCACGCUUAUGAUAUAAGUAGAAGAUGCCAAUGCACAAAAAAAUUAUGGAUAUGCACUAGAACUCAUUGUCGGACGACAUAGGUAAUAGCCCAAAAUACGGUAUUCACUCGUUAAAAUGUUCUUCAUCUUAUUAUAUUUAUACUAUAGCUAAUUUGUUGAAGGGCGUCGAUAAAUGUAUUUAAUAUUUUUGGACAUGUUACUUAAAAUUAUUUAUUCCCUAACUAUAGACUUAUGUAUGUGUACUGUAUAUUCCUAUAGUUUGCUACUUGCGUGGAAAUUCGUAUAAGUACUUUCAAAAUGCAAUAUUAGAGUAAGUAAAAGUUACUAACGUAAUGAUAUGUAGAUUGUCUCCCAAAUUGCGGCAGUGGAACGCGCGUGGCGUAGCCCAUUUCUAAGCUGAUGAACAAUACUCUUCUUUGUGGCUUCUUCUAAUUUGUGAUAAAUUUGUUGUCGACUAUUAUAAUGUGUCCCUCUGUUAAUCUGAACCUUGGCACAAAAUUCGUAUCAAAUAUUGUCAACAUUUAUAUCUUAGCAUUAUAUUUACUCCGACCUUGUAUAUAACUACAUUAUAUCUGGAUUCCGGUGAAGGGGAUUUUAGCCUAAUACUCUUGGGUGUAUUUAUCAUUUUAUAUAUAUAUAUCCUUACUAUUAUUGUUCAACACCAUUCUUAUUCGUAAUACAAUGAAACUGAUGCUGUCAUGUGUCUGUCCAGGAACAUGGUAUGCAUAACCUUAUAUACGUAUAUAUAUGAAUAUGUAUCAGGAUUCAUUGCAUGAUUUACAUCAUUUUAGCACUAGUUCAAAUAAUUAAGAUUACCAUGGAGUUACAUAAAUCAGUUUUGAAGCGAAACGGCAGAACAGAAAUCAGACAAUGAUAUCAAGUAGACUAGAGCUCGUUCGUCCAGGCAAAGGAAUGAACUAAAUAAUAUAAAGUGAACUCUAUUAUUACUCAUGUGAAAGUAUUAGAUGGAUUUGUAAUGCUACAAACUCAUGAGGAGAAUAAUUAAGUUAAAUUACUAUUGAGUUAAGUUUAUUGUAUGUAUGUAUUUCCAUUCCCAUGCAUAUGUAUAUUCAAUUCGCAAUCAGCUGAAUACAGCUCAAAAAUUUGUAUUUUACCGAGUGAAUUAUGUAUUUUGUGCUAAUAAUUGUACAACGUGUAAAAUAAAACAAACAUUUUAAGUCAUA